AUGUCUCUUCUGCCUCUCCCAGAUGAGCUUUAUCUGAUCACUGCGUCCUGGAUACGGAUAUCGGCACAAAUAAUCAUCGAGGUGCCGUCAAAAAAUCAUCGAAGUCCUGAUCGAAACAGGAAAUAUUUCAUUGAACUAAUACAAAACAAUGAGAAGAGGAAAAGAACGAAGCAAAUCUUCUUAUACAACAAGGAGACCCAACACCUCAUUCUUGUCAUGAAACUGAAAAUGGCAACUGUUCCCUGGGUAUUAGCAGGCGUGCUCCUGACUUUGUUCAAACCCAUCUCGGCCGGCUCUUGUACUCCUCAUUUCGACUGCGGCAACGGAAGAUGUAUCCAGCAGUCAUACGUCUGUGAUGGAGACAAAGACUGCCCCGACGGCUCAGACGAACGCAACUGCGCAAGAAGCGGCAAAUGCGACAAGGGUUUUCGCCUAAUGAUGAAUCGCUUCUGCGUAGACAUAAACGAGUGCUCGGAGAUACCUCCAGUCUGCGAUCACAAGUGUCAAAAUACACAGGGAAGCUUCAUGUGCUCCUGCGAACGAGGUCAUGAGCUUCAGUCGAACGGCCGGUCCUGUCGAGUGAAGAGAGAAAAAGGAAGCGCUCUUCUGAUUUUCUCCACCAAGACGGAAAUCCACGGUUUCAAUCUGACAUCGAAGAAAGCUUAUACUCCCCUGAAAAAGACGAUGACCCACGUGGGUGGUGUCUCCCUGGACUCUAUGUACAUCUACUGGGCGGAUGUGAGAAGAGAAGAGGAAGGAAUAUUCCGAGCGUUUGCUAAUGGCACCCACGCCGAUGUCAUUGCAAUCGCAGGUGUGGGAACUCCCGAAGAAAUAGCUGUCGACUGGGUGACCGGAAACAUCUACUUCACGGACAGUCUCUACAAGCGGAUAGGAGUCUGCUCGCGGGCAGGUUCCCAUUGCACAGCAAUAAUAGUGGAAGAAACAGAAAAACCUCGAGGACUUGCCCUCCAUCCCAUGACCAAGAAGAUGUACUGGAGCGACUGGGGACACGAGCCCCACAUCUCCACAGCAGGAAUGAACGGUAAAUCUCGUUCGACUUUGGUGACUGAUCAUCUGGGCUGGCCCAACGGUCUCACCAUUGACUAUUCAAACUCGAGGCUCUAUUGGGUGGAUGCUAAACUGAAGAUCGUCCAGUCCAUCAAACUCGAUGGAACAGAUCGAACGACAGUGCUGCAUACAGCUGUCACCCAUCCCUUCUCCAUUGCUGUAUUCGAGGACAAGUUGUUCUGGAGUGACUUGAGGAUGAAGAGCAUUCAUCAUUGCGACAAGCUCACUGGGAAGGACGAGAAGAUUCUUCUCCAAGAAGCCAACGAGAUCUACGGAAUUCACAUUCAUCAUCCUGUGCUGAAGCCCAGAUUUCAGAAUCCUUGCAAUAGUGCAGGGUGUGAAGAGGUGUGUCUGCUGGCUGUUGAUGAGAACUAUAAUUGUGCCUGCAGUCUUGAUAAAGAACUUGGGUACGAUGGAAAGAGCUGCAAGCGGUUGAAAAACAUUAAUCAACACAUGAUCAUCGCUACUGGAAAUGUUUUCUUGGAUUAUCGUCAUGAUAUCCUGGGGAGGCCCCACUGGGACAGAAUCACCACCUCUCAUCACUUUGCUGAGAUCUACGACACCAUCAAUCGUAAUUCAUUGAGUAAUGGUAAUCAGAUAAUGUUCGAUGAGAUCACUCGGAUCUAUAAAAGUGACAAGAUAAUCGGAGGUGUAGCAUUCGAUUAUAUCGGGAAUAACUUGUACGUGGCGGAUGUACAGGAGAAAAGAAUAGAAAUAAUGAGUUUGUCUACGUUGGAGAGGACUUAUUUUACCUUCUCCGAAGAACCUAGAUCUAUUCUACUAAUUCCAGAGAAGUCCAUCAUGUUCGUCGCAUUCUGCACGACAUCCAGCUGUCACAUCGACAAAAUGUCGAUGGCAGGAAGUGAAAGAACAAGAUUUCUCAAGAAUAAUUUUCGAGGCCCACGAGUUGCUCUGGCCUUCGACUCCGAGACGAAUAGGAUCUUCUUGGCGGAUCAGGGAACAGGAAGAAUUGAGAGCGUUUCUCUCGAUGGAAAAGAUAGAAAGCUACUGUAUUUACAUUUAAACAAACCUGCAAGCCUGGCGAUUCUCGGUGAUGAGGUUUUUUGGACUCUCCAGAACUCCACGACGAUUUUCUGGUCGAACAAGACGAAGACGUUCACCGGGAAGAAACGAUUUAACCUGCCAAUUACAGAGGUCGAUGUUAUGCAUCUGUUAACAACGGGCUUUAGGAAUCAUUCGUCAGAGGAGGUACAUCGAUGCCAGGUCAACAAUGGUGGAUGCUCUCACGUGUGUUUGGUGGAGACCUUUAAAUCUCGUGUCUGCAAAUGCCCAUCAGCGAUGAUUGUUGAUACAGAUGGGGAGACUUGUCUGUUGGAUUCCGCCUGUCCAGCUGAUGAAUUUGAAUGCUCUUACGAUCACACUUGCAUCAGCAGAGCUUUACGUUGCGAUGGGGUUGAUGACUGCUAUAAUGGGGCUGAUGAGGAGAACUGCAGUAGCUGUUCAAUGGACGAGUUCAUGUGUGAGAAUCUAAAAUGCGUGACAAAAUGGCUGAUGUGCGAUGGCCAUGAUGACUGUGGGGAUAAUUCUGAUGAGAAAGACUGUCCCCAGCGGCAAGAGACAAGCAGUUCAAUACCUAUGGUCGAAGAAGCUCUUGGUAGUGCCGUCGGGCUGACGGCUGCCACCAACGACGACAUCAAAAAGAUUUGCUCGAGCACAGACGACAUCGAACCACUUGAUAAACAGCAGAGCUCGGAGCUUCUUGGGACGAUUAACGAGUUGAAACUCAUAACCAGGGACGGUCCAGCAGGUGGACUUAUGGGGAGAGUUCUUGCUGUGGAUUGGAUCACUCAUCAUAUUUACUUUUUGGAUGAAGAAAAACCAGGAGGGAUCAAAUCCUGCAGCUUCAAUGAAAGCAAGCCUGCUUUGAUUGUCCAUGCCAUGAACUCUGGGCUCAUUUCAUCGUUCGUGAUGGAACCAAGGAGCGGGUGGCUCUUUUGGGGACAGAGAAAUAUGACUGAGUCUGGUGGCUUUCAUGGUGACAUCUGGAGAAGUGAUUUGGACGGGAGAAAUUUGAUGAAUAUCGCUGAGGGAGUUGGAGUCGUUUCUGGGAUGGCUAUUGAUCACGAACGCUGUAUGUUGUAUUGGAUUGACACUUCUCUUCAGGUGAUCGAACGAACGAAGCUUGAUGGCUCUGGUCGAGAGGUCUUCCUCAGGCAACAAUUCCAACAGCCUGUGACUAUUAGCAUUUACGGAGACUCGUUUUACUGGGUGAUGGGGUCUUCCGGAAUCCUCCAAAAGUGUUCAGUCAUAGGACAAGGACCGUGUAUGCCUGUUCUGAUGAAGAAUCAUUUGGGACAGGGAUUGUUUGCUAUUCCUCGAGGUUCCAAGGAACCCAUUGACGAUGGUACCGCAGCUCCCGUCACUGACAGGUUUUGGCGCACAGUAGAUGGUAUCACCACGCUAGCCCUUGCGGAUGAUGAGUCCACUGAUAACCCCAAUGAUGCAGCUCUCACGGCAGGCCCAUUGGAUGAGCAACCAUGAUGGGUCAUUCGAUCGGGGGUUGAUCAAUAUUGAUUUCUCCGAAGUCUAAGUUUCUGUUUUCAUUGAACGAGUGCGGAAUGUGCAAUAAAUUACGAAUUACCCACACUGGUGGGAAACAAAAGGUGCCGAUCAUGUCGCGGCGAUCGUCAGAUAGUACUUUUAUCACCUGGUGACAUAAUAUAUCGUAUCGGUUCUUCGAUCUAUUUAGAUUAAGGACACGUCUGUCAUGUGAAGAUCAUUAUAAACUCAUCAUUCUCAUUUAAUUGAUAAGUACUACAUCGCAUAGACACAUAGAUUGUGUUAUUAGCCGACCAAUCUAUUAAUUUCGGGCGUCUUCUUUACUCCAGUGACCUUUUUGUCACGUUAUUCUCCGCACGGGGAAUAAUUGCGUUAAUUUCCACAAAGAGAUAAAUAUUGAGAAACAAUUACCGGGUGUUCUGUAAAAAUUGUAUGACAACUCGACAAAGAUAUUUAAAUCAAAACCAAUUCAAUAAUCUUUAUAAACUCUGUAUAUUUAGUAAUGACUAGGUAACUUAAUAAUAAAUUUUAUUUUAUAUUUUACAUUAUAAUUUUAUAUUUUUGUUAUGUUCUAAUUUUAUUUAACUUAUAUUCUGUUCAAAUACAUUAUAAGGGCGAACUUUUUCUGGUAA